UAGGAUGGUUUGUUUGUUUUUGUUUUUUUCUGUACUGAUAACCUGACAGGCCGACAGCUAGAGAAAAUUCUGGGUGAAAGGCUGAAGAGGUGGGACCAGCUCACAAAGGCGGGCUGCAAAGAGUGAUGUCACGGAGAAGGGGAGGACUAAGUUACGUCAUUCUGGUAAAGUCAGAAAGGGAGGGGAGGGAGCCAGGGAGGGAGAGAAAAAAGGAAGCUCUACGAUAAGUUUUUGGGUAUGAUUCUCAAACGUUACAAAAACUUUCACAAACUAGAGGUUUGACUGGAUGCCUCGAUCGGGAUCAACCUGCUGAAGAGAGAGAUCUGAAGAGGAAGACAGGCACCAGUUUGUCUGCAGUUGUGCACAGCUGAUGACAACAUCAAACGUUAACACUUCCUAAGGCCUUGGGCCUCGAGUGACUACAGAAAGACCCUGGACAGAGAAAAAGAGACAAUGUCCUCUGACUUGGACUCCAGUCUCACCAGUAUUGACUGGCUGCCUCAGCUGGGAAUCAGCAGCCUUCGCUCGGGGAAAGAGAGAGGAGGAGGAGGAAGAGGGGAGAGGGACAAUAAGAAAGACAGAGGGAGGGAGAUAGGAGACUUCCUACCCUCUGUGCAGGACCCGUCCCCUUCUAGCUCUAAAGGGAAACCCCCUCACAGCUACGCUUCCCUCAUCGCCAUGGCAAUAGCAGCUGCACCUGAGAGGAAGUUGAGUUUGAAUGACAUCUACACCUGGAUCAGUGACACUUUCCCUUACUACAGCCGAGCAGGCCGUGGAUGGAAGAACUCCAUUCGGCAUAAUCUGUCUCUAAAUAAAUGCUUCAGGAAAGUUCCUCGGCCGCAGAACGACCCUGGCAAGGGUUCCUAUUGGACGAUGGAUGGACCGGCAGAGGGGAAUCAAGCGAGGGCACCUAAACGUUCCUAUCCAGAGGAGAAAGAGGAGAAGCAGGAUGUUCCCGAGGUACCGGGGUCACAAGCAGACGGAGGACCCUCCCCUCGUCAACCACAACCGACCUCCCACGUAGACCACCGGCUUCUAAACACUGAGCCGCUGGGAGCCAUCAAGCAACAAUCACCCCAGUUUGCCUCCCUCUCUCCUCCCCCGUGCAAGCAACCGUCACCCUACAUGCCAAGCCCCGUCUCCAGUCUCACUGUCCCCCAUCCAUCCGUCUCUUCUUCAGCUGGGCUCCCACCUGCCGGCCCCAUGUCCUCCAUUAAUUCCUUUCCACCUCCCCAUCCACCUGGCCACACUCUUUCCAUCCCCACUGCCUCUGCUACUCCUCUGUCUGCUGCCAUUAUGUCUACAGCUUCUCCAGCUGCUCCCUCUUUCUCUGUCGCCGCUCUGUCCUUUCCCGCUAAUUCCGGACCUGCAUCUGCCUCCACUUUCUCCUGCGCUCCCAUCGCGAGGCCUGUGCUUGUUUGCACUCUGUCGGGCCCCACUCAUUCUUCUGCGUCCGUUGUCCCUUCAUCUGUUGCCGCCCCUCCCAUUGUCUCAUUAAACCCCUCGACUGACCCUCCACUGCGUUUCACUUUUGAUGAGCUGAAUUUACCAGACUUGUAUGCCUCUUUCAAGUCUCUCGUCAAGACUUUGCGUGAGAGGGGAGGCUCGCAGUCGGAAGUUGCUCACCCAAACAAUGACACUACCCCGCUCCACACUCCAACUCUGCUACCGAUGUCCCCUCACCCUGCACCACUUGCACCACCUCUACUAGCUGCGCCAGCUACACACCCUCCGUCACAAUACACGGUGCCACCUGACUGGUUCAGUAGCCCAGAUUCUCUGAAGGAGAGCUUCCGCAUUGCCAGCAAUCUAGACUGGGCAAACAUAGACCUCUCUGGUCACCCAGGUCUGUGCUGUUUACCACAGUCUUGUUUAAAGGACCUGCUGGAGAGCAUGCGACAGGCAGAGCUUUGCGACUGGGCCCUGGACCCGCUGCUCUUCACCUCCCUCUGUGACUCCCUGAACCGCUUUUUCACUCAGAAAGGCAUGAUCACCUCUGGGAAUAACUCCCCACUAGCCCUUGGUGCGCCUCACUCCUUACAAGCCCUACCAUUCGCCUCCAAUCCACCCCCGACCCUCGCCAGCCUCACUCAGCCCUCACCCCUCCCGUACUCUCCAUCAGUUCCCCCUGCCAACGGAGCACAGCCGCCCCGGAGGGCUCUGCACAUGCAGGGACCAGGCCUUCAAAGACCACAGCUAACACAGCCUGCAAACACAACCGCAGGGAUGCAGACUCAGUCUACCACACCACGACAGCGUCCUCCAUUAAAGAAUCUGCACAGCAACAGCGAGGAGAUCCAAGAUGACUUUGACUGGGAUUCUCUGCUUGUUUGACCCUCACAGAUUGCGUGGGGAAACAAUUAAAACAGAACUUUUCAGAGAAAUGUGACAAAACUAUAUGCAGAGGCUUGCUAACUGGUGUGCAUCUUGAAGCUUCUGAGAGCAAGUUUGGGAACCAGUUAUGCCAUAUGACUGAAUGCUGUACUUUAAGGUGGAAAUAGUUGUAAGUUUUUUCACCUAUAUUCAAAUUCAUAUGCUGUAAUAACUUUUGUUUAGCUUAUCUUCUGCAGGGUGUUGUAUUCUGAUGGAUUGUGGUUUUAUAAACAUGUUCACCAAAGAAAAUAAAGUGUAAAUUUAUUCCUGUCACAUCAUUGUAUUCUGCAGCAGUAAAGAAAGAAUGCAUAUAUGGGAUAUAGACAUCAGCAUAAAGUACAGAGCAAGCA